AGAAAAUAAAUAAAUGGUGAAGUAACAAGUGAUACAUGCUGUAAAAACCUCAACUAUCAAUCUUUAGGUUGAAGAUUCGAGUCUAACUAGAGGGCAAGUGAGAACUCAUAACAUAAACACUAUAUUUAUUCUGUUAUGAUAUUUGAUGUUGUUAUUCUCUUCUUAUUGCUAUUUAGCGUGAAUAUUAUUCUGAGUGAGAAUUUUAUUAUUUUUUUUUGUUUUAAUAUUUGGUGCUUUUUUUUUAUUGCUUUUCCAUCAGGUGUUUGGAGCCCACUUUGAAGCUUUGAUUAAAUUUGGAUAGCGGUCUGCAGGGCUUAUUCGGAGGUGGCGCUCCCAACGUGUUUUUCUCCAUACCCAAAGCUCGAACCUAAGACCUCGAAUUAAGAGUGAAACAGUCCAUAUCGAGGUGCCAUUGUUACUAUCUUUAUCAUUGCUAUCUGGUAUGAGAUUAUCAUUUUUCCAAUAGGGGGAGGAGGGGCAAGGAACUAUGUGACCUAUACAAAGUGAUACCACCCACAAAAUCUCUGUGAGUGUCAAUUCUAUUCUUUUGUAAGUAUCAAUGAUUAAUUAAUUAUCAUUUGUUAUCAUUGUCGAAAGAAAACGGUUCCUUAACCAGGGUUAAGCAAAAGAAACCAAAUAAUUAACCAAACUAAAUUAUUACUUUCCACUUACCCUAUAUAUACUAAUCAUUCCACAUGCAAUCCUCUCACGACAAACAAGAUUCCAUUUCCAGUAUUUUAGUUAUUUUAGUUGUACACCUUUUACAUUUUUAAGUCCCAAAAUUAAUUAAACAUGAAGCUCUUCAUGCUAGCCCUCUUCAUCUUAGUUAUUUCUUACUAUGCUUAUCCAUGGCCUUUCACUCUUGCAACUCUCCUCUUCUCCCUCCUACUUAAUUUCCUCUUGAACUAUUGGCUAGUGCCCGGAGGGUUUGCAUGGAGAAACUAUACUUACUAUCAUCGAAACCCUAAUAAACUUCAUGGUCCUUUUUCUUGGCCCUUUUUGGGAUUUCUACCUCAAAUGGGGUCGUGUGCUCACCGGAAACUAGCCAAGAUUGCUUCAUCAUUAGGCUCAACUCGAUUAAUGACUAUAAGCCUUGGUGCUACUCAAGUUAUCAUUAGUAGCCACCCUGACACUGCAAAGGAAAUUCUAUGGAGUGCUUCAUUUUCUAGCCGUCCCUUGAAGGAAUCAACCAAACUUCUCAUGUUUGAAAGAGCCAUUGGUUUUGCUCCCUAUGGGAGUUAUUGGCGAAACCUAAGAAGAAUUGCAACGAAUCACAUGUUUUCUCCUAGGAGAAUUUCAUGUUUUGAGAGUCUUCGACAACUUAUAGCUGAUAAAAUGAUAGGAGAAGUUGUCAAGGAGAUGAAUGAGAGUGGUUUUAUUGAGAUUAGAGGGUUGUUGAGACAAGGGUCUUUGAGUAAUAUCCUUGAAAGUGUAUUUGGGAGUAGUUUAGGGUUAGAAGGUGAGAGGUUAGGGUUAAUGGUAAAGGAAGGAUAUGAAUUGAUUGGAGAAUUUAAUUGGUCAGAUUAUUUUCCUCUAGACUUUUGGGGUACUAAGAGAAGGUGUUAUAAGUUGGGAGCUCAAGUGAAUGAAGUAGUUGGUGAAAUAAUGAAAAAAAGGAGAAGAGAGGGAGAAUUAGUAAAUAUGAAAAAUGACUUUCUUAGUGUUUUGCUAUCUUUGGCAAAAGAAGAUCAACUUAAAGAUGAAGAUAUGGUGGCUAUUUUGUGGGAAAUGGUAUUUAGAGGAACAGAUACAAUUGCCAUUCUUGUAGAGUGGAUUUUGGCAAGAACGAUUUUACAUCAAGAUGUUCAAGAAAAAGCACAAGAAGAAAUUGACACAUGUGUGGGUCAAAACAGAAAUGUACAAGACUCAGACAUACAAAAUCUUCCUUAUUUGCAAGCUAUAGUAAAAGAAGUUCUUAGAUUACAUCCACCAGGCCCACUUCUCUCUUGGGCUCGUUUAGCUAUGCAUGAUACUUAUAUUGACAAGUGUUUCAUUCCAGCUGGAACAACUGCAAUGGUCAAUAUGUGGGCUAUUACACAUGACCCAACUAUUUGGGAAGAUUCAUGGGCGUUCAAGCCCGAAAGAUUUAUUAAUAAAGAAGACUUUUCAAUCAUGGGAUCGGAUCUUAGGCUUGCUCCGUUUGGAUCUGGACGUCGGGUUUGUCCAGGAAGGGUACUAGGGUUAGCCACAGUGCACCUAUGGCUAGCUCGACUUCUUCAACGAUUCAAAUGGCUUCCAAAUAAACCUGUUGAUCUUUCAGAAUGUUUGAAGCUCUCUCUUGAGAUGAAGAAACCUUUAGCUUGUCGUGCACUUAAUCGAAGUAGCAUUUAAGUAAUUCUAAUCUAAAUAUUGGUGUUAUCACUUAAAAAUCAUAUGGAUGAAAAACAAAGUCUAUAGCAGCUUGAAAUGUGGUUAACAUGUAAAUGAGUUGAUAUGGCCUUUGGCAAAUUAAAAUAUGAUCAUGAUAUUUUACCUUUCUCUAAA